AUGGAGUCCCUCGGUCCUGAGUGCACCAAGGCCCGCCGGGCCUAUGAGUUCUGCUUCAAUGAGUGGUUCAACAUCGAGCUUGCCAAGGAGCCCCCAGCCGUCCAGCCGGCGCUGGCCCCCACCCCGGCGCACCCCUGCGAGGAGCUUUACAUGGCGUACCAGCAGUGUAUCGAGGUUGCCCUUCACCGGAUCGGCCUUUCGGAUAUCACCAAGAAGGCGCACCAGUCGGCGGCCGACGCCUUCCCCACCCCUGCGGCCAAGUAA